UUCAUUUCGUGUUACAGAGCGUGGAGAACGCACAGUUUUGCCAACAUUGCAAUAUUUAAUGUCAACGUCAAAUAUCAUCAGCUGUCAAAAAACUGACAGCAGGGUCGAUUGAUUUUUGUCGCAGUAUUCGUGUUUUCAAUAAAUUAUAAUUGCAUAGGUGCAUUUCAGUGGAAGUUUCGCUGGUCUCCAUGGACGUAUAGUAGUCCAGAAGUGGUUGAAACCUUUCUAUCAAUCCCCACGACUACUAGGCAGUCAUGCCGGGCACAAAUCUAAUAGUUCCUGUGGUCUUAUGGGGCAAGCAUGCCCCAACCCACUGUGUCUCAUCAGUAUACCUAUCCAGAGACCAGAAAACACUGGUCACUGGGUGCUAUGACGGUCAGAUAUGUAUCUGGCAGGUGGACCCUGACAGUUUGAAGAUGACCCCUCGAUGUUUGUUAGUCGGACACACUGCACCGGUCACUUGUUUGUCAAGAGCUUCUAUUAUUCAGGACAACAACUUUAUAGUGUCAUCGUCGGAAGCCGGUGAGAUGUGUACCUGGGACCUGGUGGACGGCAAAUGUAGGGAGAGUGUCAAACUGUCGCAGAUACACACCAAUAUACAGGCCUACCACAUGUGCAACAGUGAGGAUCUACGCCUCUUCUGCAACGGAUACUAUGCGGAGAUCCUGAUCAUGGAUCCCUUUUCUCUAGAGAUAUUGUUCUCUCUCAGUUCCAAGAUGAAUCCUGACUGGAUAUCAGCUUUACAUGUACUCCGUCCAUCUUCAAGAAAAGACGAUGUAGUAUUAGCUAUAUCUAUAACCGGUACAGUUAAGGUAUGGUCCCUUUUGGGGCACGAGAAUAAACAAUCGGAGCCUAUCUACGAAAACGAAUCGAAACAGAUCCGGUGCCUAAACGCACUCUCGUUAAACUGCUGUGCGUACAAUCAACGGACGGUGCUCAUUGUAUGCGCCAAGUAUUGCCAGAUUUAUGAUGCUGGUGACUUCUCAGUUCUAUGUUCGAUCCAAGCGCCACCUGGUGAGCGGUGGAUGUCGGGCGACUUUUUGGCGCCAGAUCGAGUGCUAGUAUGUUCCACGGAAGGCAAAGGAUACCUAUAUAAGCUGCCUGCCAACUCUGUACCGGAUCAUAAAGGAUUUCACGGUCCGACUGUCGACCAUGAUAGUCCAGUUUUAUUCGGGAUUUUGGCUCAUCCUGAUAAUAAGCUUCUAUCCUGUCCCCCUGCGAUGCGGUUUGUGAUCACUUCAGUGGGUGGUAAGCAGAGACGUCUGUUAUUGCGAGGAGAUUCAGCCGGGGUGGUCUCUGUGUGGAAUGUAGACGAUGCAGCCGUGCCUACUCCUAAUCAGAUGCCUUCGCACGCGCCAAUAGUGAUGACUAGUUUGGACAUUGCCUGGGAGGACAUGAACCCCAGUCCCGUCGGUAUACUCGAUCAACUGAAUCAUCCGGAGGAACAAGAAAUCAAGUUAACAGCGUCAAUAUACCUACUAGCGGCCAAUCGUUUGGUGGUAGGCAGAGAAGAUGGCUCUAUAGUCAUCGUGAAUGCAACUCAUACCGUGCAACUGCAACUCUUGCACGGCAACCAUCAGCAACUUGAUGAUUGGCCUCCACACCAGUUGUUAUUAGGACACAACGGUCGAGUCAAUUGUCUGUUGUACCCUCACCAUGUACACCAGAGAUACGACAAGUCCCAUCUAGUUUCUGGAGGUAUAGACUUCGCAGUGUGUCUAUGGGACCUGUUCAGUGGCGCCCUCUUACAUCGCUUCUGUGUACACGCGGGGGAGAUCACACAACUUAUUGUGCCGCCCCAUAAUUGUAGUCCUCGUAUUCAGAAGUGCAUCUGUUCAGUCGCUUCAGACCACAGCGUCACUUUACUCAGUCUGACAGAACGGAAAUGCGUGACGUUAGCGUCCCGUCAUCUAUUCCCCGUGUUGACAAUAAAAUGGCGGCCGGCGGAUGACUUCAUGGUGGUGGGCUGCAGUGAUGGAACUGUCUUCGUCUGGCAGAUGGAGACUGGACAUGUGGAUAGGGUACUACAUGGCAUGAUAGCGGAAGAGGUGCUAGCGGCCUGUGAUGAAGCGUUAGCUGAUGACCUCGGGGGGUCAUUGUCUACAGGUUCCAGUGAUGGGCUGGCUAACCCAGCUGUACACUUCUUCAGAGGCCUCCGCCAUCGCAACUUGACAGCAAUGCGCGCGGCCACCCAGCGCGGGCUGGCGGCCCUGCAACACAGCGGCCCGGCCGGCAGCGCCGGGCCGCUCGCCGAGCCCGCGCGGGCCCGUCGCGCGCAGCUCACCGUGCAGGGCUUCCGGAGCAAUCCUGCUGACCCCGAAAGUCACAUUCUGUUCUUCGACAUCGAGGGUCUGAUAGUGGAACUCCUCAGCGAGGAGUACUCCGCCAUGAGUCCUGCUAGUUUGGAGGCGGCCGGUCUAAUAACAAGCGAGUACAUGAAGGUGGCAGCCCUGACGCAGUCUGCCAGCCCUGACGCCACCAAGAGAAUAUCAGGUAUACUGGCUAAAAUGAAAGAGGGAGCUGAAACUAUGCAGACGAAGCUUCAGGCGAAGGCUGAGCAACUGAAAGGUCAUAUUGACAACAAAGGUAGGUGAUUUUUCAGGGAGAGGUCUUCAGUGAAAAUAUUUGUAGUGCAGCGCCGCGCUACCCUAGGAGGGAAAAUUUU